AGCAUGGCAGAGGCGCGGCCACAACUCCAUUUAUGGCAUAGGUGUUGUAAUUGACAUUCUUACAGGACUUGCAAUUGACUUCACAAUUCUUUCAAAGUAUUGCCAUUUCUGUGAAAUCACCAGGAGAGAAUUAGGUGAUUCUCCUGAGUAUCAUUUUUGGUGUGAAGGUCACAAGAGUGCGGGACUCUGCGACAAGAACUUCGACGGAUCCUCAAAUGCGAUGGAAAUGAAUGCUGCUAGUAUAUUAUGGCAGCGUUCCAUCGCAGAAUGCAAAUUUAGGUAUACUGUUCUGCUUUCUGAUGGGGAUAGCAAAAUGUUUGCUCUUCUCUCAAAGCAAAAUGUGUAUGGUGAUAUUCCUAUUGUAAAGGAGGAGUGCAUCAAUCACAUCGCAAAGCGUUUAGGUACUGCUCUUCGCAAUAAAGUCAAGGAGUAUAAAGCGAGGGGUGAGUGUCUAGGAGGUAAGAAAAAAGGUCAUUUGACUGAUAUCACCAUAAAUAGACUCGCCAAUUAUUAUAGAAAAGCCAUUGAAGAUAACGCUCCAAAUUUUGACAAAAUGAAAAAUGCAAUUUUCGCUUCACUGUACCACUGUACGUCAACCGACAAAUCACCAAAGCAUAUGAAGUGUCCGGAGGGAAGCGAGUCUUGGUGCUUUUUUAAUCGUGCUAAAGCAGAGAGUAGGAAGCCACCUUCCCAUAAAAAUAUGAAAACAACAUUAAAGGAGGACAUAGUAGCAAAAAUUCUUCCAGUAUAUCAGCGUCUUUCUUGCAAUGAGCUCUUGCAGCGCUGUACCUCUGGAAAGACACAAAACGCUAAUGAAUCCCUACAUAGUGUUAUUUGGCAACAGUGCUCCAAAGACGUUUUUGUCACGAAGAAAAGACUUGAAAUGGCCACUACAAAUGCUGUAAGCCAAUUUAAUAUGGGUAGUGUGUCUACAGUAGUUGCAAAAAAUAAAGAACACGUGUCAGUUGAUAUUGCAAUAAAGGAAGAUAACCGUAGGAUAAAACAGAGUUCUCGCCGAAACUCAUUAGAUUACAAACAAAGAAUCAAAAAUAAAAAAUUCAUUAAAAAAAACAAAGAAAAUAAGUGUAAGAAAGCUGAAGGUGUAACCUAUUGUGCCGGAGCAUUUGAUAUAAAGUGAAAAGCAUUUUAUGUUUCUUUUUUUAGUACAUUUUAUUAUGUGGAAAUGCAUCACAUGAAUUCUUUAUGUGUAUCGUGUUCAAAAAAAAUUCCUCUCUUGUCCUUUCAAAUAUUUUUUAAAAAUAUUUUGUGAAAUAGUUGGUAAUUUUAGUUAUAUGUAGUGAAAUAAAAAAUAUAACUUGAGGUUUAUCAAAUUAGAUCUGUAUUGAAAU